CGGUAUAGUAUUCUUCGAUAGCAAACUAUAGUAUUAGUAGUAAACCAUUUGUCAUAUUUCGAUUAACUGGCGACCACAUAUAUCAUAAUAUAUUAUUAACUGUAGUAACAUAGCAUUUUAGUGUACGAUAUGAAACCAUAAAGUUUUAGUAAUGAGUUCACGAAGCUUUAAAUACCUUCGGUGUGAAGGUGCAUCAUCUCGAUAUUGUUGUGUCCCGUUAUGUAAGACAUCCUCAAGAUUUAAUACUGUGCUUAGUUUUCAUAAUUUCCCUUUGGACGACGAAACACGCAAAAAGUGGAUUCACAAUAUCCGGCGCGAGGAUUUUAAAGUCACUCCUAAUACACGAGUCUGUAGUCGUCACUUCGUGCGUGAACAUUUGAUUGAGCCAUCCACUCCCACCGGACGCCGAUUACUGAAGAAAGGAGCUGUACCCACUCUGUUCCAGUGGAACAACUAUUCCACUUCAGCACCGAGCAGCACCGGGCCAUGGCAGAGGAGAGAAGCUGACACUCCACAAAACGGAGAUCCUGUGUCUGUGGACGUCCAGCAUCAGGAGCAUGAUUAUUGUUAUCUCGUUCCGGCAGAAGUUGAUCCUGCUUUAGAUCAGACUGAAGAUCCCCGAAAGGACGUGGAGUGUCUGAGGAGACAGGUGGAAGAGCUGUCUGUCGGUUUCACAAACGCAGAUAAUCCUAAACCCCAACACAAGAUUUUGGAUAAAUCUGCUCUGUGUGAGCUUGGUAUGGGAAAGAAGCAGACCAGCAAAUCCAAGAAGGAGAUGGAGGAGCCAGAAGAGUUUGUGGUGGAGAAGGUAAUGGACCAGCGGUUGGUGAAUGGAAAAGUCGAGUUUUUCCUCAAGUGGAAAGGCUUCCCAGAUUCUGAUAACACUUGGGAGCCUGAAGAAAAUCUCGACUGUCCUGAGUUAAUUGCUGCCUUCCUGGAGUCACAGAAAGGCGUGGUUGAGAAGCCUGACUCCAAUAAGAGGAAGUCUUCCACAGAUGAGCCAGAGACUGAGGAGAGCAAAGCCAAGAAGAAGAAAGAGUUGAAUGAAAAACCAAGGGGGUUUGCCAGGAACCUGGAACCGGAGAGGAUCAUAGGGGCAACAGAUAGCAGUGGAGAACUGAUGUUCCUAAUGAAAUGGAAGGAUUCAGAUGAGGCAGACCUGGUGCCAGCACGAGAGGCUAAUACACACUGCCCACAGGUGGUCAUUGCUUUCUAUGAGGAGAGGUUAACCUGGCACUCAUGCCCAGAGGAUGAACAGCAUUAGUGCUCUACAAAACCUCUAUAUACUACUCCAACCCUAAAGCUCUGGCUGAGCCACCGUGUGCAACCUGGGGCCAGAAUCCUUUUCUUGUUUUGUGUUGCACUGUGGACAGCCUGACUGUUUUAUUGCAUUGGGUUAAAAGGCCAGGGUGAAAAUAGGGGGUUUUUAAGAUGAAACUUGCUUCUGUUAGGCUGUUGUGCCACUUUAUUUUUGUUUGAUGCAUUUGUGUAUCUCUAGAUUUCCGUUUGCCUAUUUCCAUAAUUCAGUGUCCACUCAGUUUUUUUUGCAUUGGGUUCAUACUUGACCUGAUUUUCAAUAGUUCUGCUGUAUAUUUUCUGUAAAUAUUUUUUCAGAAAAGGUUCAAUUAAAGGUAUGUGCCUUUCUUUUAA